ACAGCAUGAGGUAUCCCUCUCCGUUACAACCUACUAUGCUACUGGGUUCACCUUCUUUCCCCAACGCUAUUGCUUGGUCUGAAGAAAACCUCAUCGCUAUUGCUUCCGGUCACCUCGUUACCAUUCUUAAACCGGACUCGCCUAAUGGACCACGUGGUGUUAUUAAAGUCUCCCCAAGUGAGCCUCUUCCAGUUGGUUUCAUAGAAAGAAAAGAUUUACUCUCUGGAUGCCUCCUGCCUAUAUCAUUGUACCGGGAUGAUAAGCCCGUUGUUCGAUCAAUAUCAUGGUCUCCGCUUGGCAUGGCUGCAAACUCAGGGUGCUUGAUAGCUGUUUGCACCACGGAAGGACAUGUGAAGAUUUAUCGUCCACCAUUUUGUGAUUUCUGUGCUGAAUGGAUUGAGGUUGUGGACAUAACAGAAAGGCUGCAUGAAUAUUUUCAAUGUACUGAGUUUCGAGGUACAGGGAUUCCUUCAUUAGAUUUUUCCGAAGUGGGUAAUAUUAGACCGUGCCUGCCGAGAAAUGCAUCAGAUCAAACGGAUUCUAUGUCUAAACCUAAUGGGAAAUUGUUGAAAAAAAUGCCUGAGAAUCAAACGGAUUCUACUAUAAGUGCUGAUCAAUAUGCUUCUCGUAGUGCAAUGCUAUGUUCGCUUGUUGUUUCCUGGUCUCCCUUGCUGCAUUUAGCAUCUGAAUUUUAUCCAGUUCCUAAUACUUGUGCUUCUGUCAGUCUGCUUGCUGUUGGAGGGAAGUCUGGUAAAAUUUCUUUAUGGAGAUUUCACCCAGCAGAUUGCUAUACUAUUGUGGACAGAAAAGUCCCAACUGCAGUGAAUUUCAUUGACCUUCUUCAGGCUCACAAUUCAUGGGUCACAACAAUAAGUUGGUUCUUGUUUGCUUUUGAUUCUUCAAAUCCUCAAAUUUUAUUAGCUACUGGAAGCUCUGAUGGGAGUGUCAAGGUUUGGUUGGGUGACAAUGACAAAUUGCUAAAAUCAUCAGAAGUGGAGCAAACUUCUUUCUCGUUGUUGAAGGAGGUUAUAACUGCGAACGUUGUACCAGUUACUGUGCUGUCAAUAACUGUGCAUGUUCAGUACUCAUCCAAGAUGCUUUUAGCCAUAGGCAAAGGUUCUGGUUCCUUUGAAAUAUGGCUAUGUGACAUAUCUUCCAGGGAAUUUGAUAAGUUUGGCUCAUUCGAUGCACAUGAUUAUGCUGUUACAGGUUUGGCCUGGGCAUUUGGUGGAAGAUUUUUGUACAGCUGCAGCCAGGAUAAUUUAGUGCGUAGCUGGAUUUUGCAUGAGAGUUGUCUUGAUGAAGUAACCGUUUGUUCUGAUAUGCCCCAUACUAACAAUUCAUUUUGCCCUUCAAGAGAUACAUUUGAUUCAUGUUUUGGAGUAGCUGUGUCUCCCGGAAAUCUUGUCAUUGCUACUGUUCAUUGCUUUGAUGGUGAGAAACUGAAUCGAAUGUAUGAAGCAAGGAUUCUGAAGGCAGCUAUUGAUUACUUUUGGAUUGGUGGGCUACAAGUGGAUGUUCCGUUGAAAUCUCCCUUUUCAUGUAACAUUGAAGACGAUUCCAGUCUUCCACAGAAAGAAUUAAAUUAUUGGGGGACCAAUAUCAUCUGGUCUUUAAACCAAUAUCAAUGUCUUGAUAAGCCUCUGGUUCUUUGGGAUAUAAUUAAAGCAUUAUUGGCUUUCAAGGAUUACAAGUUGAAAUAUGUAGAACAUUUACUGAUUAAGUGGCUCUCUUUGUCAUUUCUGGGAUCUCAUAUCGACCUUCCUCCUGAACAAGUUUUAUCACUUGUCUCUUCAAGUUUGUCAAACAUUCCUUCUCGACUGCUACACUUGCUCAAUAUAAUAUGUAGACGUGUAAUAUUAGCAGAGCUGGAUGGUGAUCAAAUAACUAGAAUAUACAGCAAAACUCAAAACGUUGAAGGGGUUUGUUCUACCAUGGAAAAGGAAGUUACUAAGUGGAUAGAAAUUCUUCUGAGCAGUGAAAGAGAGCUCCGUGGAAGGCUUGUGGGUUUUAGUUUUUCCGCUCUCCGAACUAGCAUGUCCCAUUCUGAAGCAACUCCUUCACAACCUGGCCGUUGGUAUCCUGUUGGGCUAGCACAGAUGGAACAAUGGAUUGCUUUAGAACAGGAACAUAUACGUGACCAGUUGAAAUUCAUUGCAUCAGAAGUUACUCAUCAGAAAAGGUUUCCGACCAGUAGAUGUUUAGCAGUGGAGCCAUGCAUUUAUUGUUCAGCAUCUGUUCCAUUUGAAUCCCCUGAGUUUGGUUUUUGUCAAGGUGAAAAUUGCACUGGUGGCAAUGGUAAGCGUCACAGGUUAUUGAGAUGUGCUGUUAGUAUGCAGGUUUGCCCAGGUACUCCCCUAUGGUGUUGUGUAUGUUGCCAUAGGUUGGGGUUUAGAUUGGCGCCAGAACCACUUUUUAGAAUGUCUUCAUUUCAUCUAGAUUCAGAUUCUUCAUCUAAAUCUUCCUCUCAAGCAGUAUCCUCAACACCGUUCUGUCCCUUUUGUGGGAUACUGCUACAGAGACAACAACCAGACUUUCUACUUUCUCCUACACCUGUAUAAGAAUAUUUAACAGUAUGUUAGAUGAUGACGUUGACGUUGUUAAGAGGUUGUCACGCUUUUAUCUCAAAUGCAGAAUUUGUCUUAUAUGUAUGAUACAUAAAGUGAAAGA